AUGAAGCUCUUCUCCUGCCUCAUGGCUCUCCUGCUUUUCCUGCUCCAGGCUGUUCCAGGUCGUGGCUUGCCCAGGGACACUUUGCACUGUCUGGAAUACCACGGCUACUGCUUCCACCUGAAAUCCUGCCCGGAGCCGUUCGCUGCCUUCGGGACCUGCUAUCGGCGCCGCAGGACCUGCUGUGUGGACACGACAUCCAACUUCCACAUCUGCCAGGAUGAGGGGGGCCAUUGUGUGCCCCCAGAAAUCAGAUGCCUGCAAGAGCAAGAGGGGCUCUGCCCUCGCAGAGGAUGGAAGUGCUGCACAGAAGUGUGACAAAGACCUCGUGGGAUUGCCAUGGAAAUGAUGAAAACCGUGGAAAUGAACAGCCAAGAAAACAAACAAGUUUUAUUCCAAGUG